AUGACAACUGACUCCGAUAUUAUUCCAUCUAGCUCCACAACUUCCCCGUCACUGAUUUCGGUGCCCGACUCCCCAAACGAUCCAAGCUCCGGGCCGCUGACCCCGUCAACUACUGAAGCUCCACAGCGGGACCCGUCCCAAAUUAAAGAGGCCCAAGCUAUGCCGUCCAACAAUAUGGCUGACCCCAAUGCCACCAGCAACGCUGGAUUGGACACCAAACAUGAGGUUGAGCCUUCCGUCGAUAAUAAUGCAGCAAAGACAGACGCGAAGCCAUCGGUGGCCGUUCCGGAGAGCUCUGCUUUGAAAGCCUCGUGUAAGAAACAUCCAGGGAAGGAUUCCGAUGCUGCUGGUCGAAAACGUGAUAGCAAGAAAAAGGCGCAUAAAUCGGCGACUCCCGAAGAGGACACUUCUUCUGAGUCAGCAUCAUUGUCCAGCAGCUCCAGCACUAAUGGAUCGGACUCGGAAAACGACGACACUGUGUCCUCCUCGUCGGAAUCGGACACAGAUAAGAAGAAACGGAGGGAUCGGGCGAAGGGCAAGAACAAGAGCAAGAAAGUCCUGAAGAACAGCAGAAAGAAGAAGCCGCGAUCUCACCAACAGGACACUUCGGAUUCCGAAUCUGACUGUGAUGAUAUCGACGAAGAUGACCUUCUGAAUGAGAAGACUCUCAGACGACUUCUGACUAAACUUCAGGCGAAAAAGUCGACCAAGAAGCUUCGAACCAAGGGAGACUCGUCUGAGGAUCCAGAAGAAGAUGAGGAGGAGACUAGUUCAGACGACCUGGCCGCGCUACUUGCCAAAGAGAUGGCCUCUUUGAGCCUCAAGCUCGGCGAUGGGCGGAAAACAGUUGAUGGACGUUGGAGUAGGACUCGUGGAAAACGACUCCCAGAUGGACAGACGGACAACCGAAAGGGCCAUUCUCAGAGAUCCAAGGGCAAGAAGAAAGCUGCUUCGAAGAUGGCCUUCAAACGAGUUGACCAAUUGUGGGAUAAUACAAUCCACAACUACAAGCUCACAGAAACUGUCGAUGACCCGGGCGCCAAUGAAUGGGAUCAGUAUAUCUUCACGGUUCGCCGCAAGUUCGACUGGGAAAACAAGUACCUGGAGACCGUUGUAGACAUCAAGAGCAAGCACCUGCGGGACGCACUGGCCAAGGUGAUGGACGGUGUCAAAGGCGUAAGCCUGGUGCAAGAGACUGCUGUUGUUGAUCCAAACAUGCUGUUCCUGUAUCUCGAAGAAACUCGUUCCUAUAUGAAGGAAUUGAGGCAGCAGGCCAAGACAGAAAAGAAGAAGAGAGCCAGGAAGCUGGCAGAUCUCAAGGCGUCUCAACUCAAAGUCCUCAUCAAGUAUCUGGAUACUGACUACGCGGAGACAAAGAAGACACUCUAUCCGCUGCUAGAGGCAAACAUGAUCACCUUUGAUCUGCUGUGGGCCCUUUUCAAGCCUAACACGAUCGCCUAUACCCCGACUUAUGGAAAUCAGGAUGAGCCCCGUGCUUUCAAGAUUGAAUACGCGACCAAGGAAUCAUCCUUCAUGAAGGGCCAAUGGUACAGCAUCGAGGGCCGUUACUUGGAAUAUGACGGCAAGUCGUUUGGCAUGGGAACCAUGGCUGCUGAGGUGGAGUCCUUCAAAGGUGCCCGCAAGAUUACCAGCCUCAGUUGUUAUCCACUCAAGUACCAUCGGGAGGCAGAAGAGGUCAAAACCAAAUUGAUCGAGCGAGGCAAGAAGUUUGUAGCUCUGAGAGGGAUGAACUAUCGCUUCCACAAGGGCAUGGCAUUCUACAAAAAGAAGCGGACCGUCAUCAAGGUUAAUAUCAACGGCCGGGUGAUGAUUGAUCCUGCUAUCCAUCGUCGUAUCAACCCAAACUAUCCCAUCAGCACCGUUCGUCCCAAGGACCCUGACCUUAUGGGUCCAUCCGACAACGAAGGCAGCGAUGAUGGAUGCCAGUGUGGCAUGUCUGAUUCGGAUGAGGAUCAGCAGUACCAAGACCGCCGCGACUCCGAUGCGCCCAAAGUGGUGUACAAGGUUGUCCAGGACAAGGAGGGUCGGCCGCGCGUUGUAGAAGUUGAGCUGGAUGAGAAUGGAAACAUCAUGCAGAAGGAGAAGAUGGAUGAAGUGCAAGAUCCCUCCGACCGCGAGUUCACCGAAGAAGAAUUGCUCAUUGCAAGUCCGGUCGUUCUUGGCUUCGCCUUCAGUGAGAAACUGUGGCUGGAAUUUAGCAUUUCGGGUAUCAGUGAGAUUGACUGGAAUGAGGAUGCAUUUGACUCGCUUGUCCUUCCUGACAACCAGAAGUCAAUCGUCAAAGCUCUCGUGGAGUCGCAUACAUUCCGUGCUGCUCAAAACAUUGACGAUGUGAUCCAAGGCAAGGGCAAAGGACUCGUCGCCGUCCUUCAUGGACCUCCCGGUACGGGUAAGACACUCACUGCGGAAGGCAUCGCAGAGCUGCUGAAGCGUCCCUUGUACAUGGUGAGCGCUGGAGAACUUGGAACCGACUCUCGGACCCUCGAGGCCGAGCUGAACAAAAUCUUGGACAUUGCUCACUCAUGGGGUGCCGUCCUCUUGCUCGACGAGGCCGAUAUCUUCCUCGAAAAGCGUACAAUCCAGGAUAUUCACCGCAACGCGCUCGUGAGCAUCUUCUUGCGGCUCCUCGAAUACUUCCAGGGCAUCCUCUUCUUGACCACGAACCGCGUGGAGACCUUCGACGACGCCUUCCAAUCUCGCAUCCACGUCGCCCUGCGUUACGGCGACCUCACGACCAAGGCAAAACGGAGCGUGUGGAAGAUGUUCCUGGAGCGCGUGCAGGCCAAAGAAGGCGUGCAAACCGCGACUUUCACGGAUAAGGACUUUGACGCACUAGCUCGUCACAAUCUCAACGGCCGUCAGAUCAAAAACUCCGUCCGCACAGCACAGGCGCUCGCAGUCAACGAACAAAACCCCCUGUCCAUGGAACACAUCAAGCGUGUCCUGGAAGUCGCCGAGACCUUUGAUCGUGACCUGCGCGGCGGAACGGGCUACAUGGAUGCCAUGCGAAGCUACACGUAA